UUACCUCAGAACCGGUCGCCUUUGCAGGGAGACAGGCCUUGAGGCUUUGUAUUUAAAGGAUUGUCACAUAUUGGGUGGGACAGUCGCAGAACAUCAUGCAGUCCCUGGUUGCAUUACUGUUGGCGAUAGUGAGUGUGAGCGUAGUGUCCGCUAGCGGGUGGUGGCCUGGCGCUGGCUAUCCCUACGGCUACUCUCACUACCCCGGAGCUCUAGCUGCCCCUGUGGUUCUUCCCUCGGGCUACCUAGCAGACACUCCUGAGGUUGCCCACGCCAAGGCUAUUCACGCUGCUCGCCUCGCCUCCGCUGGGGCCGCCGCCGGUGCCGUCCCCGUCGUCACCCCUGCAGGCUACAUCGCUGACACCCCAGAGGUCGCCGCCGCUAAGGCCAAGCACUUCGCUGAGCUCGCCAAGGCUGGAGGUCAUGUCCCGUACGUCCCCUACGCACCCUACGCGUACGCCCACGGGUACGAGGGCCAGUAUGUACCUGAUCACAACGGAUGGGCUGUUUUCGUCGCCGUCGCCUGCAUCGCCCAGUCCGCCCUGUGCGGAUGGGCCCCUGCCUACUACGGCCAUGGAGCCUACCCUCACGGUGGCUACGCCCACGCCGGCGGCUACCACGGUCCUCUGGCUGCUCCAGUUGUCACCCCUAGUGGGUUCCUCGCCGACACCCCUGAGGUUGCCGCCGCUAAGGCCGCGCACUUCUCCGAGGUCGCCAAGGCCUCCACCCACGCUGCUGCCGCCCCCGCUCACGGUUACGCCGGUGCCGGUUACGCCGGAUACGCUGGUGGCUACCACGGACCCUACGCCGCUCCCGUCGUCACCCCCAGUGGCUUCCUCGCCGAUACCCCCGAGGUCGCCGCCGCCAAGGCCGCUCAUCUGUCCCUGGUAGCCAAGGCUGGAGGACACGCUGGACACUACGCCGCUCCCUACGUCGCACCCUACGCUGGUCACUACGCCGGACACUACGCUGGCCAUUACGAUGACGGUAGCUACAAGGGUGAGGGUGCCUACAGCGCUCACUACGACGACGCUAGCCACUAUGACGACGGCUCCUACAAACCCCACCUGUACGAGCACGGACACUACUAAAUGCCCUCAGCUGCAGAUAGGCCAGAGCUCCGAGACCCGCUGGGUAUUUCUCAGCUGUGAUAUAAACCUCCAUGUAAAUAAUUAAUUCUGUAAAAAAUGUCUUCACGACACCAAAAACUUUUUGUACUGAAGUCAAAUAUACGUUAUUUUUAUACGUAAAACCCGAAA